AUGGCUGAUUGGCGACCCAAAGGCAGUCGGACCUAUCUUCUUCACUAUUUGGAACAUUCCCCGGAGACUUGCUUUGUCGUUGAAGGUCCUCCAUUCCAUCCGGUCAUGGUGCGCGACACUGGCGAUGAUCCAGCCCGGUCAACUCCGAAUGAGACAAACCGUAGACAGUGUGUUGGCUUUGGCCUGGCCACAGCCAAUGCAGUAGCUUGGGCAAGAGAUCGAACCGUGCGCUAUCGGGAACUACUACGUGAGAAGUACCCGCGUGCUACGCUGCCGGUCUCGACUCCCGUGGAGUUUGUCGCCCCGACUCCUUUGGCCACAACUCCCGUCAAUCCGGUUGCCGAUUCUGUCUCAAAUCUCUCAGCCACCGGGUUACAAACACCAGACGAAUGCGGUUCAGCUACCAGUUCAGUCAAACCACUCAUGACAUCUGAAGAAUUGUUCAGGUUCCUGAUCAAUCCGUUCCACAUGAAUGUGCCUGAAGUGUCAGAUAUUGUGGAGGCCGCUAAUAUUCUACCUCCUCCCGAACCACUUGGUGCGGCCCUGAAUGCCGAGGCCACUCUAUCGGGCUGUUUGGUGCACUCGGAUGUUGGAGUGCCACCCCCAAAUGAAGUGACGAUGGGUCCACCGGCGCAGCCACAAAUUGCUGACCAUCAGAUGCCGGUCGAAUCCAAAGAGCUCAUCCCAACAGAGAAUCAGAUGAUNCCCCUACAACCGGUCCCGUUGCUGCCAGCUGAUAGUACGUCAAGCAGUCCAGCUUUACCCGGACUUCCUAUGCCGGGUAGACCGUCGGUUUGUGUAGCCGGUGGUCCGGAAGCCUUGCAUACCGCUCUCGCCGCCCAUCCGGCCACUUUACUAGUUGAAUUCGAUGAUCUCGGUGUGAUCGGGUUUCCAAAUGGGCCCACUCCUGCAAUGUUGAUGAAUCACAAUUUGGGUCUGAGUUCCGAUCCACCGGAAUUGGUUCUCGACUCAGUUGCUCGUCGCUUAUUUAUCUGCUUGUUGGCGGCGCUCAAAACAGUCGGAGCACAUGUACGUUAA